UGAUAAGGCCCGAACCUGCGUUUGUUCUUAGAUAAAUUGUAUCGGCUAAUUCAGUUUCCUUCCGACCGCUCACUGUCGCGUUCGUAAAAUAAUGUGCGACAAGUGUUUGUGCUAAACUCGUCGUAUUACAAGAUGUUGAUAACUACAUUGCUCCUGGCAGCCACCUUAGCUACAGCCGAAGACCUACCUCCAUCCUGUAAUAAACGUGUUUUCUGCAACAGCAAGCUUCUUCAUCAUGUCCAAAUGAGUCGAAUUUUUCCCGAUUCCAAAACCUUCGUUGACCGCCAUCUGCUUUAUGAUGAAGAUACCACUCUUUCCGCCUUCCAAGAACUUCUCGAUCAGACUAAUGAAAAUCCCACUGAAAAGCAAAUAAGGCAAUUCGUCGAUAAGUACUUUGACGAAAGUAGCGAACUGGAAUUAUGGACCCCUCCAGACUUUAACUCGAACCCACAAUUUUUGUCCUCCAUCCGUGAUGGAGAAUUGCGCCAAUUCGCAAAAGAUAUUCACGACAUUUGGCCAACCCUUGGAAGGAAAGUUAAGCAAACGGUCAUAGAAAACCCAGAUCAAUACAGUUUUAUACCCGUCACCCACGGAUUUGUUAUUCCCGGUGGACGGUUUACGGAGCUCUACUACUGGGACACUUACUGGAUCAUUGAAGGACUCCUCGUCAGCGGAAUGAAGGAAACUGUUAAAGGAGUCCUCGAGAAUCUAAUUGAAUUAGUAAACAAACUCGGUCAUAUACCUAACGGUAGUAGAUGCUACUAUGAGCAAAGAAGUCAGCCCCCGCUUUUGACAUCAAUGGUCUCUCUGUAUGUUCAAGCGACUAACGAUACUGAGUUUCUUGAAAAGAAUAUCAAAUCUUUAGAAGCCGAACUUCACUACUGGCUUGACACCCAAGUCUACACAUUUGAUAUUGGUGAUAAAGCGUACACGUUACUUCGAUACUAUGCUGCAAGCGAAGGACCGCGACCAGAGUCAUACCAAGAGGACUACACAAGCGCGCAAAUUUUCGACAACGACCAACGAAAAACUCAAUUCUAUAUUGAUAUAAAGAGCGCAGCAGAGAGUGGAUGGGACUUCUCGACCCGUUGGUUCAUCAAAAAUGGAACUGACAAAGGCAACUUGACAGAUAUCCACGCUACAGAGCUUAUUCCUGUGGAUCUAAAUUCUAUAUUUGCAAAAGCGCUUAAAAAUAUGGCAUAUUUCCAAUCCUUGCUACACAACUAUAGUAGAUCGUGGUAUUGGUCGCGUCUCGCCAGACAAUGGACUAACAAUAUUGAAAAAGUAUUAUGGGACCAAGAGGACGGCUGCUGGCAUGAUUGGGACUUGGUUAAUAAGAAAUUCCGGAAGUAUUUCUACCCUAUCAACAUCGCUCCUUUGUGGAUGGGUAUUACUGACAAGAAGUUUGUUGUAAAGAAUGCACCACGUAUCUUAAAGUACUUGAAAGAAUCACACGGCCUGGAUUAUCCUGGCGGUAUUCCCACAUCAUUGGUGAAGAGUGGGGAACAAUGGGACUUCCCCAACGCUUGGCCACCACUUAUAAGUCUGGCCGUGAAUGCUAUUGAAGCAUUGGAGUUGCCAGAGGCGAAAGACUUGGCGUUUCGCGUGGCUCAAUCUUGGGUACGGUCAUGUUACAAAGGAUUCUCAGACAACAAGCAGAUGUUUGAGAAGUAUGACGUGGAAGUCCCGGGAAGAAUUGGCGGAGGUGGGGAAUAUACAGUACAAACUGGCUUUGGGUGGUCCAACGGUGUAAUUUUGGAAUUUUUGGCGAAGUAUGGACAAAGAAUGUCUUUGUAUGACAUGAGAAAAGAUGCGAGUGAUCUAUUAGGGUCUCGUGCAGUUGGUGUUUUGGAUGCUUCGAGUGAGGACUCUUCUAAGUCAGAUAGUUCAGGUAGUGAGGAAGUAAUUAUGGUGGCAUUUAAAUUGUAAAUAAACCUAGUACCAGCUUUUUACGAGUAUAUUUAGUUUUACGAGAAAUCAAUAGGCGGAGUUACCGUUUUAGUAUUUUUGUUUCUUUGACAUAGCAAUACCGGAUUAGGUAAAAAUAGAUGAACAAAUAAUUUUUAUAAUAGGUAUAAAAAGUAACUGCAAUUUUGACUUGAAUAUUAAUUUACGUAGUUGUUUAUAAAUAUAUAUUUUUUUGUUAAAAUACUUUACAAUCUUGUGCCAUUAAAUAUGUUUUAAUUUAUUUAAAAAUGUUGACGUAAUAAAAAUAACACUAAUUAUAUGACAUAACAUUUAUAAUAUUUUUAAGUUAAAAUGUAAUAAAUAACCAUUUUUAGUAUAAGUGAAGAUUUUAAACAGAUGACGAAGAAUAAUAAGUAUGCUUUUUUAUUUAGACCAUAUAAUAGAACAAAGAAAAUAUAUUAUUAUUUUAUAGGUACCUCUACAAACUUUUUAAACGUAUGACGACGAAUAACUAUGCCUUAUAUUAAAAAACCCGGCGCUUGAUGAAAAUGUAAUUUGCGAACACAAAAGAUGCGAAAUUUUUCUCCUUAUGUUGGUUAAAAUCGUUUAAAAUAGAUUUUUUAAGCAAUUUUCUUUCGUAUAAUAUAUCUGUUAGUUAAAUUGUCUAUCCUUAGAACGGCCCGUGUUUAAAAUAAAUUUCUUCAUUAUUUUUGCUCAGUAUUUAAGUAGUAUUUUCGGGCUAUUUUGGUUGAGUUCUGGUUAGAGCAGUGUGUUCCAACCUUUUUUGUACCAUGCCUUUCUAAGAUUCAUAUGCCCCAAACACAAUUUUUAUUAUUAAAAAGUUGAAUUGUUUACUUCAAAUUUAAAUAAAAGGUUUUAGGAAGAAAUCACUAGGAAAUUGUUAACGAAACACAGUAAGUAAAUUUUCAAAACAUGACAAAAACCUGAAAUUUAAAAUCCUAAUAAUUUCAAUAAAUUUUCGCAUAACCCUUGAUAAUCAAAUUGCCCCCUUGUGGGGCGUGGGCCCCACGUUGGGAAACACUGGCUUAGGGGAUGAUAAAUUUUUAUAAGUGAAGAAUAUUUUUGAACGUUUCCUAUAUCUAACUAAAAUUUAUUAAUCGGGCGUAAAGAAUACGGACCGUUAAUAGUAGAACUUUGUGGCUUAAUGUUAAGGAAAUUUAAGGAUUAAAGGCUGUGUCUUUA